UCUCUCCUUGCACCAAGCACUUGUGGAUUCCCAAAAAGCAGAACAGCUUUGCAGAGGGAGAUUUAUUGCCAAACGUUUUCGUGAGUUGGUGGGGCUUGUGCGUGCUUCUGUGUGCUUCUGUGUGCCGCCUAUAAGUAGCUCCCGCUUUUGCAGUGGUGGGUCACUGUCCGUACACUUCACGGUGAGCGACUGAGGUGGGUUUUUUAAGAGAGCUUGGCUAUCUUUGUUGUUCUUGUGCUUCAACUUUUCGGAGGCCAGAAACACGCAGGAAUGAGCUAUCUGGGUGUUGGGGUGAGCCCUGGGAAUGUCCCGGUGUACCACGGGACGAGCCUAAAGGUGAUCGAUCGGAGGGUGAGGCUUGUUGAGCUGGUUCUGAGGUUUGUGAUCUGUGGCUUGGGCGUGCUCGCAGCUGUUCUUGUGGGCACUGACACUCAGGUCAGGGAGAUCUUCACCAUCCAGAAGAAGGCCAAGUUCACUGACAUGAAGGCUCUCGUUUUCUUGGUGAUAGCAAACGGGAUGGCUGCUUCAUACUCGAUGAUCCAAGCCCUGAGGUGUGUUGUGAGCAUGGUCAGAGGGAGUGUGCUCUUCAGCAAGCCCUUAGCUUGGGCCAUCUUCUCUGGUGAUCAGGUCAUGGCUUAUGUGACCUUGGCCGCGGUGGCAGCGGCAGCUCAAUCGGCCGUGAUCGCCAAGCUGGGACAACCGGAGCUGCAGUGGAUGAAGCUAUGCGGGAUGUACGAGAAGUUCUGCAACCAGGUCGGGGAGGGCAUCGUGAGCGCGCUGCUCGUGAGCAUCAGCAUGGUGGCGCUGUCCGUGAUCUCGGCCUUCAGCCUUUUCCGUCUGUACAAUGGAAGCAGCAACAAAGGGUAAAGAACAAUUCAGGGUAGUGAAAUUGUUCUUCUUUCUUUUGGCCUUUUUUCUAGUGAUGCCUCACGUACUCAGUCGUUACCAUCUGAUAAUGAAAACCUGGUGGGCAAUGUUGAUGAA